AUGUCAAUAACAGAGAGUACCUCGUCUGUGCCACCGCCGGGCCGUGGGUCUCGUCGAACAUCAUUGGAGGGGAUAAUUAUAGAGACAAGGCAAACUCUGCGAUGGCUUGGUUCGACUAUACAGGCUGUUGACAAUAGGAGAGUUCGAAUAGUUUAUCUGUGCGCUUCGGCCACCGGCAUCUCUGGGGUUUGCCUUAUUGCUUCAAUCUAUUCCUUCGCGCAAGUGGAGGUUCCUGUUCCACCUAAUCCGAAACAGCUGGUUGAUGCUAAUCCUGAUCUGGUCUUCAUCCCACCCGAGGUCGAAUAUGUAUCCGAUCCUUGGAGUAUCUUCGCUGCGAUUGUCUACGGCCUUGUCGCACUCGCUGCUGGGGUGAUGCUGCUGAGGAGAUUCAAUAUGCUCUUCAAAACCCUCUUGAAGACCUCUACUGUAUCGAAAGCUUUGCGCAGAUCUUCGGCUUAUAGGACGCGUUUGAGCGGCGGCAAUAAUAUACGGCCCAUGAACGAGCCAGAAGAGUCUGUCAAGGAACCGAAUGCUCUGACGAAGGCUGCGAAGACGCUAGUCAUGACUUCCGAUAAAUUCGAAAUCUCAGGCGAGUGGUUCUGGUAUCGACACGUGGCUUCGGAGACUCUUGAAGUUACAAUGCAGCUAUUGCAGCUAGUCAGCUUUGGAGGUUCAACGUGGUCUGAUAGUGAAGGUGCUACUGGCGUUGUAAAACCACCAGGGACCAUUAUGGCUCAAGCAUGUCUUCUGGCAUUCAAUAUUACCUUCGCACCCAUGGUAUACUUCUAUCAGAAUAGGCUCAUUGCACUGGGUGGUGAUGUCCUCUCUGAUAUUGGCUACGUAUUGGUUCAAUUGAGCGCUAUCAGCUCUGUGCAGAACCCUCGUUCAUGGCACGUGCUACGGGCGAAGAACUUCAUGGCUUUGCUAACGAGUGUUUUCCCGUUCGGCCAGUCAUUGCAUGACAUCCACUCUAUGUGGGACUAUCUGAUGCUUUCGGCGAGCGGUCGAGCUUCAUGUAACGAAAGGAACAGGUCAUUCAGCAUUUGUCGUAUGGCAAUAGCCUGGGUGUUGUCUCUCUCGCUGAGUAUUGCUCUCAUAUCGUUCACUGCUUAUCAAGAGUAUGGUUGGGAUUGCGACGCUGAGGUGGUCAACUACAGUAAGGACUGUCACAUACAAGUGCAUCCUCUGCUGGCUUUCCCUUCUUGUGACUGCCGUAUGGUUCAUCUCACUCCUGAUGAGAACUGCUCUAUUCCGAUAGUUGAUCGCAUUCAAUCGUACACGAGGAUUGAGUAUUUCUCAAGCGCUCCAAGAGAAUGGUUACAGACCUGUGAUUUCACCUUUGGGCAGACAGAACUCAACGCAUUGGAGAUUUAUGGAGAUUCUCUCACAUCUGUUAUGCUACCAAACGCUGACGGCGUUACUCAAAUCGACUUGAGAGGGCUGGCGAACCUACAGGUCCUUUCAGUGACCUUUGACGAAGUCAGCUUUAUCUCACCUGCAUUCAUACGAGAUUCGCCCAAGCUGAGGUUUCUCAGUUUCGAGGUUAACAAGAUUGAGUCGUUGCCAUCUAACAUCCGGCAACUUCAACAUCUCGAAGAGCUAGUGCUGAAUAUCAACCCCAUUUGCUCUAAUGCGACGGCUUUAGAAGAGUUCACCUCAGUACCCAUAGUUUGUACUGACUCGACGGGAACCAAUUCUACAGAGCGUUGUGCAGUACGGGCCGAUGGGUCUGACGAUCCUGGCGAGUUGCUAAUCAUAAGGGCUUGUCAGCAGCUAGCAUCGACCGGAUAUACAGCGGAGUGCAAACCUCAGUGUCCACCUGUUGUUUCCAUCGUGAAACUGGUUGAUCUUGAUGGUGAUGGCGUUCUCAGCUACUCCGAGACAAUGUCGGCUUCGGUAUUGUUUGGAUUCGAUACGACGAUGAAUGAAGAGGAAAUGGCGUGUGCCAUCAACCGCUGUCCUGCCGUCAUAUCUCCUACUUAUGAUGGUGUCGGCUACCCUGUCACAGACGUGGCGUUCUUCGCGCUCGUGAGUUCUAGCGUUGAGAAUUCUUGA